AUGGAGGAUGUUGUUUUCCACGAUUGGCAACUACAGGCAAAAGAGGCUUUGAUCAACGAGACACUUGAUGAUAUCACGUUUGUUCAAGAAAGUUUCGAAGCUGCUGAAAAGGAUUUAGAGUGGCGCAAAGCAACAACCGCUUCAAAACGACAGCAAAUAGAAACUCGCCAAGCUGAGCUGUCUGUGUUCCAGAAAAGGGUAAUGCAGCAGGAACAGGAAGUUGUGGCAGAUGAAGAGCAGCUUCUUUGUCGAGAAGCGCAGCUAGACUCAGAUGCGCAACACCUGAAGAGGUGUGAGAAUGCCUUGAAGGUAGAAGCGAAACGGGUGCAGCAGCGACGAGAAGAUUUGUCUCACAGUGAGCCCAUGUUGCGUAAAAAAGAAGAAGAGUUGGCCAAAAUGCAAGAGGAGUUGAGUAUACUUGAGAAAGAAGUCUUCGAAGCGGAGCAGGACAUUCAACAUCGAAGCGCGGACAUCGCUGCAGCUGAGGCACAGCUCAGGCGUCGCAGGGCAGAACUCAGCUCACGGCAGGCCGAGGUUUCAGAGGACAGACGAGCGUUGCAAACCAGACAGGCUGAAAUUCAGCAAGUUGUGCAAGCGACUCCAGCUCCUCCAGCUCCGGCUCAAGCACAGUCAAGCAUGCCCGUUCAGCAAGCCAAUUUGAUGCCUCACGAAGCUGCCAGGACACACUACCAGGCGGAAGCAGUUCAGAUACCAGCCCCAUGCGUUCAAAUGCCAUCCGCAUCUUUGCAACCACCCGUGCAGGCUCCAUUCAUAGCACCCGUGGCACCGCCGAUUCCAAUGCCCAUGCCCAUGCCAGCUCCUGCUGUGGACCCGGUCCAGCAAAACUUGGCAUUGCAACUACAGCAAACUCAGCAGAUGUUGCAGAUGCAACAAAUGCAACAGCUGCAGCAUUUCCUAAAGGGAGGUUCGGGCUCAGAUGAAGAAAGCAAAGGAAAAAGCAAAGAAACCCAAGAAAUGAUGCAGCGCCACAGCAAGUUGCAGGCGUUAGAGGAAAGCUUGGUUGCGAGGCUACAGAUUUUGGAGAAGCAAGAAGCUUCAUUGAAUGCUGUCAUGGGUGCCGCUGCUCAAGCUGCCAAGGAGACGCAAGAAGCCACUGCUGCCAUUGUGAGCCAAAGCACGCAGGCAGCAAAGGACACAGCGGCUGCCAUGAUGGCUCAAAGCUCUGAGACAUUGAAGCUUGCCAUGCGCGAUAUGACCGAAUCCCUUGCUGCCAGGGAGCAAGAAGCACUUGAUGCUAUGAAGGUCAAGAGGCGGCCGAAAAAUCAGGUCCCUCUCAAGCCCAAGCCGCCUCAGGCCCAACAGCAGCAUAUGUUGGAUGCCAAAAGUGAAGCCUUGGCAGCUGUAGUUGAUUCACUGGAGCACAACGACGACAUUGGCUCCUCGCUGGGUAGGAAGCAUGAAGAGCAGCAAAGCGCCCAAGAAGACGAAGGCACAAACAUUGAAGAGCCUAAGAAUGAUCCACAAGAUCUCAAAUCGGAUGCAAGCCAACCAAUGGACCCAAGUGGCAGUCCCUUGGGCACACCUGCAGACAGAAGCGUCAAGUUUUGUCAGAGCGAUAUUGAGGAAGAACAAGCUGGGGUGGAGAAGAUGCCGAAGCAGUCGCACGUGCUGCUGCCCUUGUCCGCGGAGAGCCCUUUACAGUUGAAAGUGGUGAGUAUUGGCAAGCAGGAGACGAUGCAAUGUCGCUCGACGAAGACGAAGACAAUGUCACAAGCACAGGGCAUGCCGGACCAGUUACGUCAACCCAGUACGGUGGGGAAGAAGUGGAAGGAAUGUCCACAGAAGGAGAAGAAUCUGAAGUCAGCGAAGGAAUGGAGUUGCAUGAGCAGUUGCAUGAGCUAA